AUGGAGUACGUCACCCCGGAGGGCCUGCGCACCGACGGCCGGCGCCCGCGCGAGCUGCGCAAGCUGGGCUGCCAGCUGGGCACUCUCGAGAGCGCCGACGGCUCCGCGACGUGCGAAAUGGGCUUCACCAAAGUGCUGGCGGCCGUUUUUGGGCCUCGAGACACCGCCGGCAAGCUGCACCCCGACCGCGCGGUGGUGCGUUGCCAGGUGGCCACGGCGCCCUUCAGUGCGGGUGAAAGGAGGCGGCGGGGAAAGCGUGGGCCUCUGGCCACGGAGCAGGCGGCCACCAUACGGGAGACGCUAGCGGAGAACAUCCACCUGGAGCUGCUGCCGCGCACGCAGAUCGACCUGUACUUCCACGUUCUGCAGGCGGACGGCGGCAUUCUCUCGACUUGCCUGAACGCUGGAAUGCUGGCACUGGCCGAUGCUGGCAUCCCACUGAAGGACCUGGUGGGGUCGUGCACUGUGGGCUACCUUGAGAGCACACCACUGCUGGACCUGAACUACAUCGAGGAGAGUGGCGGUGGGCCCCUGCUUCCCAUGGCUUACCAGCCCAACAUGGACAAGAUACUGAUGCUGCAGAUGGACAAGGGCAAGCUGCCCGUGGAGACAUUUGAAGUGCUGGCAACGCUGGCCACAGAGGGCUGCCGUGCAGUUACGGGGCAGAUCAGGCAGAGCCUCAUGAACCACACCAAGCAGCUGGCAGUGGCCAGGGGGUCUGUGUAG